AUACCUUAAGCUGUGCAAGGAGUUGCAAAUGAACACACCCAUCUUGUGUCACUAGAUGUGAUGCAGGUAAAAAAAAACCUCCUACCUCUCAGGUUAAAUUUAGCCCCCCCUCCCCUCCUGGUGUUAAAGAAUAGGUCCGUCCAUCACUCAGGCGCAGCUGCUUUUGAGUGGCCGUGGCAGCAGUGUGCAUGCAUCCCCGCGUGCACAGCAGGAGUGAGAAAAGAAGCGUGAACAUCUGUUUCGAGGAGGACCAGCAGAGGACAGCAGCAGAGGCUGAAACUGGAGCACGCAGCCCGGAACCCGCAACCCCUCCGCUGGGCUGGACCGGAGCAGCCCGCCCUCUGGACCGAUGUCCUGGCCGAAAUGUCCCGACACAUCUACAUCAGAAAUAAGAUCGGAGAGGGCAUCCAGGCGCCCAUUUUUCAGGUGAAUCGAGGGACUUAUUCCAGGAGGAGUCGACUGAAGAGGUCUGAUGGAAGCACCACAUCCACCAGCUUCAUCCUGAGACAGGGCUCAGCUGAUUCCUAUACUAGCAGACCAUCAGACUCAGAUGUCUCUCUGGAGGAGGAGCGGGACGUGCAGGCUCAGGUCCCGAGCCAGAGCCCCAGCCAGAGCCAAGGACCGGGACAGAGCCGCCAGGAGAGGGAGCAGCAGGCCACCAUUCAACUGGAGAGAGCCAAGACUAAACCCGUGGCCUUUGCUGUGAGGACAAACGUCAGCUACUGCGGCGCUCUGGAUGAAGAUGUUCCCGUUCCAGCAACAGCCAUCUCCUUUGACGCCAAGGAUUUCCUCCACAUAAAAGAGAAGUUCAACAAUGACUGGUGGAUAGGUCGAUUAGUGAAGGAGGGCUGUGAAAUCGGCUUCAUCCCGAGUCCUCUGAAGCUCGAGAACAUCCGGCUCCAGCAGGAGCAAAAGAGAGGACGAGUCCAAGGUAAGUCUGGAGGGAACUCCUCUUCCAGUGUAGAGGAUGAGGUCUCGGCCUCUAUCCGCCCCCUCAUUUCCUCGGCAGGAAAGCAGAAACAGAAAGUGACGGAGCACAUCCCCCCGUAUGACGUGGUUCCCUCCAUGAGGCCUGUGGUGCUGGUCGGACCCUCACUGAAGGGUUACGAGGUAACAGACAUGAUGCAGAAAGCACUGUUUGACUUCCUCAAGCACCGAUUUGAUGGCAGGAUAUCUAUCACACGCGUCACAGCAGAUAUAUCUUUAGCAAAGAGGUCUGUCCUCAACAACCCGAGCAAGAGAGCCAUCAUUGAACGAUCCAACACUCGCUCCAGCUUAGCCGAGGUUCAGAGCGAGAUUGAGAGGAUCUUUGAGUUGGCUCGCUCCCUGCAGCUCGUGGUGCUGGACGCCGACACUAUCAACCACCCGGCGCAGCUCCUGAAAACCUCGCUGGCGCCCAUCAUCGUUCACGUUAAAGUGUCCUCGCCAAAGGUCCUGCAGAGGCUCGUGAAGUCCAGAGGGAAGUCCCAGAGCAAACACCUGAAUGUGCAGCUGGUGGCGGCUGACAAACUGGCCCAGUGUCCUCCAGAAAUGUUCGACAUCAUCCUGGACGAGAACCAGCUGGAGGACGCCUGCGAGCAUCUCGCCGAAUACCUCGAGGCCUACUGGAAGGCGACCCACACCUCGAUGGCCACUCCCCUGAACCCCCUGCUGGGACGCAACCUGGGCCCCACCACGCUCACGCCCUACCCCACCAGCAUCUCUGGACUGCAGCAGAGCCAAAGAAUGCGACAGAGCAACCACACGGGAGACCACUCCACUCCGAACGAACGGCGCAACCUGAUGACGUCAGACGAGAACUACCACAACGAGCGGGCGCACAAGGGACGCAACCGCAUGUCCUCUGGCUCGCAGCACAGCCGAGAGCAGCAGGACCCCUACCAGGACUACCAGGACCCCUAUCAGGAUGCAUACAAGCCACACCGCAACCGCAGCUCUCCGGGCAGCUACAGCCAUGACUCCCGGCACCGGCUCUGAGCCCUAUUCUCCCACCACUCGGGGCCAAAACAAACCCGACUCCCCCCCAGAAUAAACGCUGCAACAGAGCCAAGGUGGUCCCAAAUUGUACCUUUUAUUGUUUUGUUUGCUGUUUUUAUCUUUAAAAGUCCAACGAAACCAUGAUUUGGUUUAAAUUAGGCUCUUCCAUUCAACGGCGUGGGUAUUCGAGAGGUUCAGGAUGCCAACAUUUACUCACGCCACUCCUUAAAAUUUCAGUUUCUGGGACCUUUUGGGAUUGUAAAGCGUUGAAAAAACUCAGCAGAUGUGCAGUGCGGACUGUGCUAAUCAUGUCUAGCGUACAGGUGGUGAUGGUGUACGACAGGCUUUUUUGUGCCUGGAACAUCGCACCAGGUUGGAAGGGAAGUCCACUGCACACAGACUGCUGCAGGCUGCCCGGGCCAUGUAUAAAUCCUCUCAACAUUUAGCUUAUUGCAUGCUGAUAGAUGAUCAAUCCGCAUCAUUGAUAUUUUGUACCUAGCAUCCUGGAUUCUCCGACCAAGAGGAGGUGUAGAUACGGAGGUCGUAAAGGGGUUUGUGUGCAGAAGAAAUCUGGCUGCUAGUUUUGAAAACUGGUGCUUCACAUUCCCAAACUAUUCCUGCUUUGUUUUGAGUCACCUUUUGAGCACGGCCAGCUUUUCUGUAGCAUCGCUUUAGGAUUUAAUUUGACCCUCACCGUCAUGAGCGCGGACUGACUGUGAUGGUGCUGGGAUCAGUUAAGAGAAGGCAAUACGGCUUCUGUUCUCGCAGCGAGCACUUAGAGAGUUCGAGAGUCUGUCAGACAGAAGAGAAAACAAAAGGAAACAUUAUUUUAAAUUGCUGUGAGAGUUUUGAGAUGUUGUGUUUGUUUGUUUUUUGGCCUGAACACAUUUUUAGUUUGAUCGAACAUCUGCGUACACUAGCGUUGAAAUCAAGGUUGCGUGACGUCAAAACAAAGGUGGAGAUGUUGGUGCAAACGGUGUUCUGAAAAUCAAAGUUCCUUCCAGUGUUUUUAAGAGUCUUAAAGCAUUCAAAAUGUGACGCGGCAGCAUCGGUUGCAUCGCCCUCUGUGUCGCUGGCAUGUUGUCCUGACUGCAGAGCAUGCUCCCUCCAAACGUUAACUUAAACCCGACUGAACUCAAGCCGAUGUUUGUGGAACCACAGGGCGACUUUUGUUUUAAAAAAAUGAGAGAAAAGAGAAGAAAACACGACCUAAAUUACAGACUGAUCCCUGAGGACCGUAACUCAACACGCUGAAAUGGAAAACGAAGGUCACUGUGGAGGAUUUGUAGAGUUUCAGUCACUUGCAUGACUAAAAAGUGGAUGAUUGCAGCUUCUAUUAAUUCAGAGUUUUGUUAAUGGUAGAAAGAGACUGUCAGACAGUAAUAAACGCCCCUCCAGAUGUUUGUCCUGACUUGAAUGGUGCUUUGUGUGGAAACAGGAAGCUGCUUCAGUUGGGCUUGUUCUCAUUUUAAUAAGCUUUACAUUACAGACUCAAAAUAUAUCCAGAUAACAAACAGUUUCAGCCUGAAAGUCGAGUUUGAAUGAAAGAUAUAUAAAGAAAGCAGUUUUCUUCUCACGUCUUAAAUGUGUCUCUCAUGCAGAAUAUUGGUCUUCCAUGUGCCACAGUUCAGCUUAGAGUGCUUCUUCUUUUUGAAUUAUUGAGCUUUUGGACUGGGAAAUUCUCUUAGACACGAUCAUUUUCUAAAAUAUAAACUUAAAGUCUUCACUCAUUAAACUGAACAUUGAAUUGAUAAGAAGUGUCUCCUUUAAAUUGUGCGUUUUGAAAGGAAAGGUCUUCCAUAUUUUGUAGCUGCAUUCUUCUAAGCAUUAAAAAAAAAGAAAGGAAAGACAUUUUUGUAAUGUUUAAACACUUAGCCCUGCCCCUGACUUCUCCCCUCUUCCUGCUCUCUGUGACUCUAACUGGACCGUGGUUUACUAAAUGAACAUCAGAACUAGAAACUCGUUAGUGAUUACUGAGGGAAUAAAUCAGCUGAGCAGGCGUUCGUUUUUUUUGCACUUUCUUUUACUUUUCAGCUUCUGAUCCGCAGUCAUCAGUUCGACACUCCCUGCAUGGGCUCUGAAUGUAAAUGUUGAGGUGCAGAAUCGUCCGAUGUGCGCUUAUCGUCUUGAUUAUUUCAUCCGUUGUUGUGGAGGAGCCUCCUGAAACUGGAGCAUCUUUAACUGUAACACCGUGUUACCAAGUCUGUGUUCAAAUCUUCGGGGAGUAGACAUAAAUACCGUCCUAUAUAACAGAUAUUUGACCGUCAUGGAGAAUUUCACAGCCUGACACACUUUCAAAAUGUCUUAAAUUGACCUGAUUUUGCAGGAAGCCCUCACUAGCUCUCUUUUUCACCCCCCAGUAAAAACCUCUGGCCUGGUUUUACUUCUUAAAAAGUUUCCCCGCAGUGCAAAGCUGCUUUUAUUGGAUCGAUUUAAAGUGGUAGAUCACUUUGUUUAGACGCAGGUGAAAAAAUAGUGAAAAAAUGUACAGCACAAAAGAAAAAGGUGGUUUUUAAGACACUGUUCCGACAAUGUGAGUCAAUGUGAAAGUCUGAAAUUCCCUGUUACUCUCUUUGUUUUUAAGCUGUUGUUUUAUGGACUGUAACUUUAAGACUGCAAACGGAAGUUAAAGUGUUAAAGGGCAUAAUGCUACUGUUUACAAGCUCGCUUCUCUGUCUCAUUCUGCCCCAUAGCAUAAAUCCCAUUGGUUGAUUGAACAGGGAGCCAUUUUUCCAUUCAGAAUCAAGCCAACCAAUGUUGAGCUGGGCUGCUUGAGACAAUCAGACGGGAUUUACGGAGUCGUGGAUAUUACAUAAAAACAGGAAAAAUAACUCACUAACUCAAAAACUGUCUUAGCUUUCUUUUAGUUUUCGUUUACCAGAUUUUAUUUUUUGAUCUUGAUGGGAACAGGAAAUGCAACGACAGAGUGUUGGGGCCAGCUUAAAGGAAAAAAAACGGAGGUUACAAUCGUGAUAUUUCAGAAAUGAGGGCAUAAUUUUAGCCAACAAGAAUAUGGUGUUAAGAGAGUAAAUCGUACUGCUAACAGAAUGAAGUUGUAUAUUUCAGAAUAAAGUCUUAACUUUUAAAUCAGAACUUUAUCAGAAUAAAGUCGUAAUCUUACGAGAAUAAAGUCAUAAUUUUAGGAGAAUAAAGUGGUAAUCUAACCUGAAUAAAGUCGUUGGAGAAUAAAGUCGUAAUCCAUGAGAAUAAAGUCUUAACUUUUAAGUCGUAAUCUUGUGAUAAUAAAGUCGUAAUCUCACUAGAAUAAAGUUUCACAAAGAACCAAACUUUGAAAGAUUGUGCAGGAAGCUGAGUCUGUUCUGAAGAAGAGCUGCCUCACAACAUCGUGACUUUAUUCUUUCAUUAAAGCUUCACUCUGCAAAUCUUUCCCCUUUAACUCAUCCCUAACACUCCGUCGUACAUCACAGAUCUCAAAGGGAGGAUUUUCUUUGUUAAAUUGUAAAAGAAAAACAAAAGAACAAAUAUUUAUUCCAGUAGAAGAAGAAGUAAUAGAUGAUUUGCUGGCGAUUAUUUUUAUAUCAAAUAUGUGUAAAUAAUGUCUUUGAGAGAUGCUAUUUGCUGUAUACAUGUUGCUAAAAUGAGACGACAAAGACGACCCACGUGGGAGCGACAGCGAGGUCCAGCAUUCAAAGUUUCAGUAAUGUGCAAUACAAAACGGCAUGCUGUUUUAAAAUGAGGAACUUCACGUACUGUACUAUGCAACCGCAAACUGUGUACAUCGCUUCAUGCUGUGGCUUCGACAUCCACCCUUUUCCAAACGGCUUCAUCGGGACCUUCAAAGGAUUUUUGUGUUGAUCUUUUCUUUUCUGUGGACGAUGACAACCUAAGCGGUUAAUGCGGUAUUGCAUGCAUGAUAUACCAUUCUAAUUUAUAAGAAGGAAAUAAAGAAAAAUACAUGAA